UGUGGUGCUGAAUUGCCUGGACUUGUCCCCUCAGUUUGAGGGGACCUCGCGAGCACAAUCAGGGACUACCUGUAUGCACCAGCACUUAACGAGCGCCCCAAGCUCGUGGAAGAUUAACAAUAGAAGUUGCCGAGGGCAUCAGCGUUCGAUUCGGAUGGAGCCACAUGUGAACACUGAAUAAGGGCGCAUCAAACGCAGUGAGAUUGAAUAAGAGCACAGCGAUUUGAUAUAAAGACGUUGAAGGCUACAACAUUAAGAUUCUAAACGAAAUGGAUGGAAUUUUUGUUGACAUGGACGUCAUGGGCGUGUUGACAAACUGUUCGUAAAUGUGGGGUAUUUUGAUAUAAAGUUGAUUGACCUACUCUAGCCUACAUACCUGGACACUGUCGCAUGGUUCGGAAAAGGAAUGGUUCGUGAGAGGAAUCAUUUCAACAAAUCCAAUAUGCUAUGAAAACGAACAAAUAGAGUAGCCUACAUCUGGGUCAUUAAAAAAAGAGUGGACCUAGAACAUAAUUUUUACAUACAUUUUUUACCAGAAGAUACUAAGACAACCUCCAGACAUGACUCGCCUGCUUGUGUUGCUGAACUCUGUGAUCCUGUUGCUUUUCGGCAGUGACAUGUUCUUGGUGGCAGCAAACCGCCCACCUGCUCCAGUAAAUGUGUCUGUCAUGCACCUGAGGUCGGACUCUGCCACUGUGUCUUGGGAGGUUCCAGAAGGUGACAUCAUCAUUGGCUUCUCCAUCUCACAACAAAGGCAGGACGGUCACAUGCAGAGGUUCAUCCGCGAGGUGAACACAACCAGUCGGGCCUGCGUCCUCUGGGACCUCGAGGAAGAGACGGAUUACAUCAUCCAGGUGCAGUCCAUCGGCCUGUAUGGUGAGAGCCAGGCAAGCAAGAAGGUCCAUUUUCGCACCCUCAAGAAGUCGGAUCGCUUCCCGUCUAACAGCUCCAACCAGGAUGACCCCACAGUCCAGGGCCUGGACAAGUCCAGACACCUGCAGACGGGAGAGCUGAUCAUCAUUGUGGUGGUGCUGCUCAUGUGGGCAGCUGUCAUCGCCCUGUUCUGCAGGCAGUAUGACAUCAUCAAGGACAAUGACUCCAGUAACAGUAAGGAGAAGGUGAAGCCGUCCUCAGAGAGGAGCACACCGGAGCACCACAGUGGAGGCUUGCUCCGGAGUAAGUUUCAUCCGUCCGUGCGAUCGAUCAACAUCAUUGAGGUUUGAUUGCCCUUUCCUCCCUUCUCCUCCUCUCCAUUGUCAACCCCCUUACCAAUGAGGAAAACUCCUGGGCAGCACAAGCCAUUAGCUUAACUGCUGCCGUGAGACCCGAUUGUCGAUGCAGGUCUGCCAAGUUAAUCUCAGAGAGGACACACAUGCAUGCACACACUUACAGUUCACACACACACUUACACAUUGUUAUAAAAACACUCUACUAAGUCUCUCUCUAUUAGAACAGGCACAGACACACACAUACACACACGGCUAUAAAGCAAUUCACUUCAGCAGGUUGAUUGUGCACAAUGUAAUGUUAACACAUUAUGUAGUUGACAUUCACGUUUUUGCCGGAUACUUGGUUCGUAAUUGCAAUAUAACACAUCAUUGCUAUCUCUGGGAAGCCUGUCUUCAUAUUUUCGAUGAGCAGUGUAUUUUUGAUACAUACUGUAAAUAUUAUCCAACCAGAUGCCAUGUAGUUGCUUUCUGUAUAGUGUAUAUUUGUUUGGUUGAUGCACAUUGUCAUUUCACACCAUCAAUGUAUAGAGUACUCAUGACAAAAAAUAACUGUGGUUAAUUUAAGGUAAUGCCACAAUCAAAAGAAAAGUACAUCUUGACAUAAACAUUUACAAAUUUGCAUAUAUACAAUUAUUCUCCCCAUGAACUAAUGACUUUGUGCCAUUCAUGUACUACUGGAGGUUGCAUGCUGGUCAUUCACCUGUAGUAUAGCAUUUGAAUGUGCUCCUAACUGUAUCUUGAAAAUGCAAAAAUACAUGUUAUUGUAAGACUGAGACAGUACACAUUUUUGAGUUUAGUUUGAUGUCAGAAUUAGAGCUUUUUUGUAUGUUUCUGGAAGUUGAGCUGUCUACAGCAUUAUACUUACACUCUCUAUUGUGUUAGCUGACUUAGUUAUAGUUUCUUUAGAAUACCAACAACUAGCGUAGGCUACUGUAUCAACUGACGCAAAGUAGAAUAUUCUAUUAUUUUCUAUCAAAACAGAGGGAUGAUGCUCAUUAUUGCUUAAAACAAAGCUUGAAAAGCAAUCAUUGUACAUUCUUAUUUGUUCAUGCAAAUAAAUUCAAAAAGAUUACUU